AUGUCGACCUUCAAGAUGUCCCAUCAAAUCAGAACAUUGAGAGGCGCCCAGGACACGUCACAUCCACACCCUUUGACCGACGACAAGCUUCCCACAGCUGAAAUCCCCAGUGACUGCGUUAACCAAGGUACAUCUGGAGAAUCUGCUUCGAAGGUUCUCGACACCCUCUCUGGCAUGGAGGAAACUCCUACUUUCAUAUUGGUUCAUGCUGAACUUCAGGGUGCUCAUGAGGCCUCAGAACGCGUGAAAACACUUGGGGGACACACGCUAUCUGUGACAUCCGCUGCCAACAAUGCCCCAGCAAGUCUCGCUGCUGCAGAUGAUGUCAACACCGCAUACCUCCAACCCCUGAAAAUUUUUGACACUGCCAUCGAGAAGAUUGCAGAUGUAGGGGCCAUUCUCCUUCGUUGGUAG